UAUGUGUAUGUAGUGUUCGUAGGUGAUAGUUCGACGUCGCCCAUUUUUGAGGACGAGAUCAAAAUUCUGGAGAAGAAUUUCAUCUGGAAUCAUCUACUUUCACAAACAGCAUAUCUGUUGAGCUUUUACAUCACAGCAACAGAGGAAAACCACUAAAAAGGCUUUCCCGGCUUCCAGAUAAUUUCGUUUUUGAAUAAUCUGGUAAAAGCCGGCGAAAGUGACUACAAUCGUUCAGAUAAACGACCGGUUUUUAAAAAUGGCUUGCGCAACAUUGAAACGGACUCUAGAUUUCGAUCCACUUCACAGCCCCGGUGCUUCACCGAAAAGACGAAGAUGUACACCCCUUUUGUCCCCAUCCACACCGACAUCAUCGACAAUGUCGUCGUCGUGUCGUCAACCGUCGGCGUUUUCUCCAGUAGCCCCGAGAAUGUCUCCAGGACAACUCGCAGCCAACAUAUGUUUAGAAUGGAAAAGAAUGAAGAGAAGACGGCAUCUCGAGGACUCCUUCACAGAAUCAGCCGGCGGUAGCGACAUUAACGAUUCGGACUCUCAAGUAUCCGACAUGAUCCACCAAACCUCGUUCCCAUCAGGUCAGCAUUUCCAGGGCUGCGGGACACCCAGUACGUCAGCAGCAGCAGGGGGCAGCGCCAUGGGCAUGAUCCACGGCAGCAGGGAGCAGCCCAUGUUCACACUGAAACAGGUUAUAAUAAUCUGUGAGAGGAUGCUGAAGGAGCAGGAGGCUCGGAUACGAGAAGAGUACGACAAAGUCUUGUCCAGUAAACUAGCAGAACAAUAUGAUGCCUUUGUUAAGUUCAACCAAGACCAGAUUCAUCGACGUUUCAGAGACUCGACGGCAAGCUACGUUUCUUAAGCUCCUGAAUUUGAAGCAGCGUGUAGCCUCCGCAAAAGGUAUCAACACCUGCAUCAGCUGUGGAGCCGAAGACUAAAUGUACAUCCAUCGUACCCUUAGGUUACCGCAUCCCUUCAAAAUCAACCCAGCAUUCUCUUCCUUAUAAAAAAAAUAAUAAAAAAAAUGGAUAAAAACAUUACAAGUCUGUUCUUAUUACAGAUGGAGGCAGUUGCGUUCAUAUAAAUAUAUAAUGAAAAUAACAAAAACAAUGAUUACUUCUCUAAAUUACUUAAUAGCGUCAACCAAAACUUUGGUGGGUCAACUGGAUGUAAACGUCGGCGGUUUAAGAUCUAAAACUUGUUAUUUAUGUAAGAUUUAUAUUUCCUUCUUAUUUCCCUUGAUUAUCAAGGGAUGAGCAACAAAACCAAAAUUUCUAAAUAUAUAAAAAAAUCCUCUGCGUAGAGUUGCUGGUACUACAAUGCACUAAAACAUGCCAUUACCUCAAGGAGUUUAAAAGCUAAUAGAUGUGUACCGACAAGCUUAAUAUAAAAAUCCUCUACUCGUAUAUUGUAGGGUUAUCUGCUGUAUCAUUUAGGGUGAUGGUCAUUUAUGAUGCAGGGGUCAUUGAUGGCAGGGGUCAUUGAUGGCAGGGGUCAUUGGUGACAGGGGUCAUUGGUGACCAGGGGUCAUUGGUGACGGGGGUCAUUGGUGACGGGGGUCAUUGGUGACGGGGGUCAUUGGUGACGGGGGUCAU